AUGCUCAGUUCUGAAGCUAAGCGAAAGCCGGAAAAUGAUUUGGAGGUCAAACCGAUUCUGAAGAAGCCUAAGGAAAAAUCGGAAGCUGAUGUACCAAAAAAGACGAUCUUUGUUGGCAAUCUCUCUCCACAAACUGAUAUAUCAGAUAUAAUCGAAUUCUUCAAAGAUGUUGGAGAAGUUGUUCGCGUUCGACUUAUUCUAGACCGUAAUGGCAUUCAUGUGGGCGAUGGAUUUGUUGAGUUUGCUUCUUGUAACCAAGCAAUUAAGGCGUUGCAAGAGAAGAACGGUGAAUGUUUGCACCAUCGCAAGAUCUUUGUUGAUGUUGUUGAAGCAGCUCCAUGCACUUUCCCACCCAAGUACGAAGACAACCUUCAACGAGAAUGCCUUCCGAUGAAAGAAGACGAUGAGACACCUCCCGAUUCUGUUGAGGCGCUGGAAAAUAUGAAUGGUGUAUAUUUGCAUGAUCACAAGAUCUUGUUGAUGAAAGGACUUGAUAAAACUCCUGAUGUUGUUGAGAGCACCGACUUCUUCAAAGAUGUUGGACAAGUUGUUCAUGUUCGACUUGCUGUAAACACCACGGCCAAGCAUAAAGGCUUUGGGUUUGUUGAGUUUGCUUCUGCUCACGAAGCUAAGUGGGCGCUGAAAGUGAAGAACGGUAAAUACUUGUGCGAUCGCAAGAUUUUACUGAAUGUAGUUGAAACUGCUCCAUACCCUCCACGAACCAAGCAUUGCAUAGAUCACUAUGUUUGGUACGAAGACUACCUUCGACAAGAAAGCCUUCUGAUAGAAGAAGAUGCGGCAGUGGAAGGACUUGAUGAAACUCCCGAUUUUGUUGAGGAAGUUUCCGUAAGAGAAAAGACUGUCUUUGUUGCCAGUCUCUCUCUGAAAAAACAAUCUCUUUGUGACGUAUCAAAUAUCAUAAGAAUGUUCAAAUCUGUUGGGGAAGUUGUUGGUGUUAGGCUUAUUGUAGACGACUGUGGUGAGCAUGUGGGUUGUUGCUAUGUUGAGUUUGCUUCUGCUAACGAAGCAAAGAAGGCGGUGCAAGAGAAGAACGGUGGUAGUAUUUUUGUUCAAGUGGCUGAGAUAGCUCGAUCAUACCCUUUCCGACACAAGUACAACUUGUACAAGCUUGCAGAGAAGCUUUGGUACGAAGACAAUCUUCGACUAGAAAGACUUGAUCCAGAUAGACAUGUUCUGAAGAUACACAAGACAAUCUACUACGGCUCUAUGAUUGGAAGAUGA